AUGUACAGGAUUGCGCUCGACAUCGAAAGAGAGCUUCUGAAGAGCCUUGCCGAGAAGGAGCCUACAUUUGCUGAAAUCUCGCAUUACCUCUCUGAACUCCGCGCAGCUUGCCAGAAUGCCAUCCUCCGGGACUUCGAUGCCGCUCGCUCCAUCGACGUGGAAAGUCGCCUUUGGGAUGCACAUCUCAAAAUUAACAAUCGGUUUCGUAAACUACUCUCUCGCUUCCGCGAGCAAAACGGAAAGAAGAAGAAACCAGUAGAGCGACGAAAGCUUGAGAAACAUUAUCUUGAAUUUAUCAAAACAAGUCAGCGGUUCUAUAGAGGAUACAUCCAGCAAUUGUCGUCGCAUUUCGGGGGAAUUCCGGAGCUUGAAAACGUUGCAAGAAAAUUCAACUUUGACAAUUUAUCUGCGGAGGAUUCCACGGUACAACCGGCUGGGGACCUUCGAACACGUAUUCUGCAGUCAUGUCAUGCGACCCUUAUCCGUCUCGGCGAUCUCUCACGCUACCGCGAAACCGAACUGGUCGGCAAGGACCGAAAUUGGGGCCCGGCCAUAGGUUAUUAUGACCUUGCCACAGUAAUAUAUCCAGCCUCUGGUGCCUCGCACAAUCAAUUGGCUGUCAUUGCCCUCGCCGAUGGUAACCACUUGCGGGCUACUUAUCACCUCUACAGGGCACUAGCCGCGCAGGAACCUCAUCCAUCUGCUAAGGGCAACCUAGAAAUUGAGUUUAGGAAGGUUAGGAACCUGUGGGCUAAAAGAGAGCUGAUUCGCCCCGAGGAUGCUGGUAUUCCUGGUAGAGCAUUGGCUCCAUGGUUUGUAUAUCUACAUGCUCAGUGUUACAAAGGCACGGAUUUUCCCGAGCAUGAUGAGCUUGAAAAUGAGGUAUUGAAUCAACUUGCUGUUGAUUUGAAGGAGCGUUCCCUAGAGGGCACCUUACAGAAGUUCUGUCUAGUCAAUAUCUCUGCAGAAGAUUUUUCUAGGACACGCUCCAAUGAAGAGUCCGUGUCAAAUGCACGCCUCUUUUUCCAGCGUAUCAAUGUGAAAACCUUCUUUACAUUACUUCAGAUUCUUUUGGCUGAAGUGGAGCGGUUCGCGGUCGAAGAAUCAAACAAUAAAGAUGGAAAGAAUGGUCCUGACAAGAUCACCGCUGUUGCACGACGUGUUUUGCCUGCUCUCCGAAACUACAGCUCUUGGCUACUUACAGUGAACCAUCUUUUAGUGGCUCAUAAAGAGGAGAAAGACACUCCUCUUUCUGUCCAAAUAAUAGAGUUCUGGAAAAUAUACGCCAACACCCUGACUCUUCUCGCAUCCACGUUCGAUGUAGUCCUCCUUCCGGAGAUAGACUACCUUUUGGAAGAAGAUGAGGAGACUCUGUGUUUUGUGCCGCUAAAUAAAGAGGCUACAUCGCGUAGAUAUUUGGAUACAAGUGGUUGCCAAAAGCCUCUGAUGAAUGAUCUAGGAGUGGAGAGAAAUCACCCAAACAUGGAGAUGCUUUAUCGAAUUCGAGAAUUCGUAAUCGAUGGGUUAGAUAUGGUUGUGAGCAAUAAAAUUCCCAUAGCUCUAGUCGACGAUGGUGACAAAAAAACAUUCAUUUACAAGGAAGAAGGGCUUCCGUCUCAAUUCUUUGCCAGCCCCUCAGGCCAUCACCAUACGGUUUCCUCGGCGAGUAUUGAACGGGAGGACAUUCAACGAACAACACAAGAUCCAACUUCCGGUACCGAUUCCAAAAGUGUUUUUGGGGGUUCUCAGUCAGCGUCAAUGUCAGCCAGUAUGCACCGCAUUGUUGAAGGUGUGGAGCGCUUGGUUGAGUCGGACUGCUAUGAAAAUACCCCAGCGUUGCCGGAGCAUCUCGUCUUUCCACGGAACAACGAGCAACCCAGCUCCAACCAUAUCUUCAAUCCUAGUGCGGACUCAAUAUUCCGGGAAGAGAGCAUUCCUGUUCGUCAGACCCCCAUCGCUCCACCCGGGCUUGGUCACUCAAUGGCAAAUGCUGCUGCUCUAGUCAGGGUCCCAUCAUCACAGUCAUACGCACCGCGACCCUCCCUCCCUGGUAUCCCUAGCAUAUGGAACAUGGGCCUCUCACCAGAAGUUGGCGAUGCAACUUCUCCCAGGACUCCACCAGGUCUUGGGAAACACCCAAUUCAACAUUCCGGUCAUUUGAUACCAGGAAGCAUCAGUAACCCAAGCCAUCACCUAUCCCAGGACUCAGCUGUGAACGAUCUCAUACUUCGUCAGAGUCUAAUGCACCAAUCUCAGCUGCAAAAUCCUCUGAAUGGAUCCAGUUCCAUGUCCUCGUGGAUACCCUCGUCAAACCCCACCUCGCACCACCGUCUUUCUGGCUUGGGGUGGGACAACAGAGGGCUACUGGAUGCUGCAAGCUCUCCGCCACCCCUCGGUGCACCCAGCCAGCCCAUUUCAAGUGGCUUGGCAAAUACCUCGUGGGCAAAUGAUGCGUUCCUCGCUAACACGCUCUCCUCAGGCGCGGGUUACCCCAGCUCUGGAUUUGGCGGCAGUCGCAAAUCUGCCACCCAGUACGGUGCUAUUGGCCAAACACCUCCCUGUGGACAUGGAGGGUGA